GCCUUUACUCUGCACCACCAUACUCGAUAGCCACCACACGCCUGACACGCCGACCGGGAUGGCCUAGAAGGGAAUGCCGAGAUCCGUGUUCCCUUCUUCUGCCAGUAUGAUAUGAGUGCUUGUGCGCCCGUCUGUCGUGCCUUUUUUCUUGUGCCAUCGACAUUCGCUGGACGACAUGGGCAAACCAUUUUACGGCCUGCGAGGCACUCAGCUCAACAUCGCCAUUGCCGUGGUGGCUGGUGUGGACUUUGCUCUUUUUGGCUAUGACCAGGGUGUCAUGGGCGGUUUGCUCACUUUACCCUCCUUUCUCAAAUACUUUCCCGAGAUUGACACAGCCAACCCCGGCCGGACCGGUCGCACCGCCAGCGAAGUGAGCAACAUCCAGGGCAUCACUGUCGGCGCCUACACCUUGGGUUGUUUCUUUGGCGCAGUCGCAACCAUAUGGCUGGGCAACAUCCUGGGACGGAAAAAGACCAUCAUGGUCGGCAGCAUUAUCAUGAUCAUCGGCGCCGUCCUCCAAGCGAGCUCGUUCGAGCUGGGCCAGCUCAUUGCUUCGAGAUGGCUUACCGGGUUCGGCAAUGGCAUGAACACCAGCACCGUGCCCACGUGGCAAUCGGAGACGUCCAAGUCGCAUCGAAGAGGUCAAAUGGUGAUGAUUGAGGGUUCCCUCAUCGUCUUUGGUGUCAUGCUGAGUUAUUGGAUCGAUCUGGGCUUCAGCUUCUUGGAACCCAGUACCAUAUCAUGGCGCUUUCCUAUCGCCUUCCAGAUCAUUCUUGCUCUAUUCAUCGUUGCUCUGAUCCCAGGGCUGCCUGAGUCACCUAGAUGGCUCGUCUUGAAGGGAAGAGACGCAGAGGCCAUCCAGGUCCUCAGUGCACUCGAUAACACUACCGAAGACGAUCCCAAGGUGCAGCAGGAAUUCAGGGCCGUCAAAGACACGGUCUUCGAAAUGGCCCGAGGAAGUUUCACAGACUGCUUCAAAUUCAACCGCAACCGCAACUUCCAUCGAACUUUACUGGGUUACGUCAAUCAGACCUUUCAACAAAUCUCGGGAAUCAACAUCAUUACGUAUUACGCUGCGACAAUUUUCGAACAAAGCAUCGGACUAUCUCCCUUUCUCUCUCGACUCCUAGCAGCACUCAACGGCACCGAGUACUUCCUCGCCUCCUUGAUCGCCAUCUUCACCAUCGAACGAGUGGGCAGACGAAAGCUCAUGCUCUUCGGAGCAAUUGGCCAAGCAUGCUCCAUGGCAGUUUUGGCCGGGACGACUUCCAUUCCCAACACGGAUCCUCGACAUGUAUCGGCAGGAAUUGCAGCUGCAGUUUUUUUGUUUGUGUUUAACAGUUUCUUUGCGGUCGGCUGGUUGGGCAUGACUUGGUUGUAUCCUGCUGAGAUUACGCCGCUCGAUAUCCGAGCUCCAGCAAACGCCAUUGCAACUACAGCAAAUUGGAUCUUCAAUUUCAUGGUCGUCAUGGUCACGCCAGUGGCAUUCGCCAAUAUCCAAUACAACACGUACACCGUCUUCGCCAUCAUCAACGCCUUCAUGGUGCCGUGCGUAUACUUUUUCUUCCCCGAAACCGCCUACCGCUCUCUCGAAGAAAUGGACGAAAUCUUCCACAAAGUCCAUGGUUGGCAAGGCGCUUUUACUGUCGUCAAAGUCGCUAGAGAGAAACCGAGACGAUAUGGAAAGAGAGGCGAGUUGCUCAUUCCGUAUGAGGAUACUGAGGAGGCGAGAGAGGUGGAACACCGGAGGAGAAGUUCGGUUGUUUCUUCGACGACGACGACUAGGCCGCAGCAGUUGUUGCGGAGUAAGGGUGGGGGAAGAGAUGGUGGAGAGGAAAGUGCUGCGGAGAAGGUGGAACAUGUUCGUAAUAGUAGUAGUGGGGGAGAGGAAGAGAAGAAGUCGUCGUCCUAGGUAGUGGGAAAACGAAAUGCCACACAAAGUCAAUAUCCA